UCCCGCCGUUGGCGAGGCCCACGAUCCCCGCUGACGGUGAAAUUACAUUCAGUAAGCUGUCGGAAGCUUAGUGAGACGGAUCUCGAUGAAUACAAAAAAAAUUUUCUAUAAACUAGUUCUUUUGAUAUCGUAACGUUAAGGUACCGUCCUCUCACGAAACCGACCGAAAUAGAAAUUUACCGAGAUAAUAAAUUGAAGAGAAUAGAGAAAAACGCUCGUUUUGAGGAAAAAGAAAGUUUUCGUUCAAACGACCACCAAAUAGAAAAAAACAAAAAAAUUGACGAUUUUUUUUUUUCUCCAAUUUCUCGAACACAAGAAAAUUGAAACAACGAGAGAAAAAAAGGACAAUUUUUUUUUUUUUUUUUUUCGUUCAUUCCGUCGUUCGUUUUGUGUGUAUUGUGCGCGUGUGAUUUUUUUUUUUUCUUUCUUAUUUUAAUCAUUCGAAUAAACUUUUCCAACGAUUGAUGGAAAUAAGACGACAACCGGACCGGUAGUUUGUUUUAACGAAGUUUUUUUUAUAAAAAUACCAACUAGAUUUCGAAAAAAAAAAACAGAAGUAAAAUGAACGAAUAAAGAAACUAAAAACGAGUAAAAAAGUGCCAGUUUGUAAUAAAAAUAAUUAUUUGUUGCGACUGUUUGUGGUUCUUUUUGUUUUAUCGGGGGGGUUUUUUCUCUCCUUCGAUUUUAUUACCCGGUUUUAUUUCUUCUUCUUUUGAGGAAUAAUAAUAAACGAAACUGAGAAAGAAAACGCAAAACGAUCAUUUUGAACAAAAUUCCCGUAAUGAAGGUAACGCGGUAACGAAAAGUUUGAACAAAGUUUUUUCAAACGUUCGACAACAACAACAAAAACAAAAACGACGAAUAAACGUAUCCAAAAAACUGGAGAAAAAAAAAAAGGAAACACAAGCGAACGAACCGAAGACAAAUUGAGCAAAAAUAAUAAUACAUAUAUCUACGCAUGAUUAAUUUUACGUGUAAAACUGUGCCUGUUGUUUAAUGUUUUGAUAUAAAUACGACUGAGAGAAAAAAGUUUGUAUGAAAACGAAAAACCAAGAAAAAGAUUCAAGAGAAAAUUAUUUAUAACAGUGGAAGUUGGUUCUUUUCUGUGGUGUAUUUGUUCGAUAACUCGAGUUUUUAAAAUACUUACGGUCGAGUAAAAUCGGUACAAAGAACAACAACGAGACAGAGAGUUGAAAAACAAAAAAAAAAGCAAAACGACAAAACCGCGAGGCGGGAAAAUUUUUCCGUCCAAGUAAACCGAAAGUGUCCGGUUUUUUUUUUUUUGUUACACUGCUUCAAAACUGUCUCCUCAAUCAAAAUGUCUACGGCAGUAAUGAGCAAUCCUAUGUUCGAUUGCGGCGAAUUGUUAUUCAAGAACCCGACCGCGGCGUCCAAGUCGAAGGAUCACUCGUCGACGGGUUCGGCGGCGGCGGCUGUAGCUGCGGCGGCCGCGGCGGCCCACACGCCUCUGCGCAGGAGCUACGCAUCACUGGUAACUCUGAUAGAGCAGCACAGAAAAUUAGACCGUAGCGUUAGCGAGCCGACGUCUCGUUACAAGACGGAAUUGUGUCGUCCGUUCGAGGAGAGCGGCGCUUGCAAAUACGGCGACAAGUGUCAGUUCGCCCACGGUUACUCGGAACUACGAAACCUAGCGCGUCACCCCAAGUACAAGACCGAAUUGUGCCGUACCUUCCACACGAUCGGUUUCUGCCCUUACGGACCCCGUUGCCACUUCAUCCACAACUUCGAAGAGGCCCGAAUCCACAAUCAGAAGGUAUCCGCGCAGCUUGGCCAGGCCCAGCCGAACAUAAUGGGCCUCAGCCCGAUGCUGGGGGGCGGCGCGGUCCUCGGCUCGGCGGCCAUUUUGGAACAGAUAGCGGCGGCUAACGGCGGGGGCGCGACGAACGCCACCAUCAAUUCCGCGUCGCCGUCCGCGGUUCCCCCGACGAUGCAGAACCCCGGCCAACACUCGACGUCGACCUUGACGACGACUCAUCAUCAUCAGCAGCAGCAGCAGCACCAGCAGCAGCAGCAACAACAUCAGCAGCAGCAGCAACAGCAACAACAACAACAGCAGCAACUGAUGAGGUCCGCGUCUCUUCAGGGCAGCGGCGGCGGCGGCGGCGGCGGCGGUUCCUACGUGUCGGUUUCCCUGAUGCGCACGUAUUCGCUGAGCAUAGGGGGAGGAAGUGGGGCCGGCGGAGUGUCGGGGCAGCAGGCCGGUGGCCAAGGUCACCGCCAAGGUCACCAGCACCAGCACCAGCACCAGCACCAUCAUCACUCGUCUUCGUCGGGAUCGGUGAUCGGCUCGCGCCCCAAGCCCCUCAAUCUGAGUCCCACCUUCUCGUUGGGUAGCACGGCGGACUCCGUAUCGCCCUCGUCCAGUUUGAGUCAGUCGCCGACCAAUUCGAUGGCGAGUUUUUUCAGCGACGACGUAACGACGCCGUUCAGUUUGGGGCCGGAUUUCGGCCUGCUGACCAGACACACCCCGAGUCCGCCGGGGCAGAGUCCCGUGUCCGUGAUAGACGAUCCCGCGCCGAGGACGCCAUCACCUUUGUCCCCCAAUGGCGAGUCUAGACUGCCCGUGUUCAACAGAAUCAGCAAUCCGAUAACGGAUUUCGACAACCUCAAGAUAUGAGGAGGAGAAAAUUUAAGAAAAAAAACAAAAACAAAAACAAAGAAGGAAAAACUAUGAAACGAAAAAAAAACUACAACAACAACAACAAAAGACAAAAGACAAAAUAUUUAAAUAACCAACCAACAAACGCACACUUACACACUUACACGCGCACACACACACCCCCCUCCCACACACAUUUUUACCUAAAUUAUUAAUAUUUAAGUGAUUUCAUUUUUUGAUUUAUCCUUUUCUUUUUCUUUCUCUUUUUUUACACAUAGGUAUAUGAAAAUAUAAAUUAUAUAUAUAUAUAUACAUACAUAUACUAAACUAACUUUGAAGACGAUGAUUCUUUUUUUGCCAAAUGACCGUAUUUUACGUUUGCGGAAAAAAAGAAAAACCGAAAAAUAACGUCAUUAUUAUUAUUAUUAUCAUCAUUAUUAUUAUUAUCGAUAUUAUCAUUAUCAUUAUUAAUAUUUCACUAUAACAACGAACGUACGCGUUUUCCGCUGAAUUUACACACACACACACACAUACACACACACGAACAUUCUUUUCAUUAUUACUAUAAUUAUUAUUCUUAAUAUUAUUAUGAUUAUUUCUAUUUUUAUAUAAUUAAUUAUCGAUAAUAUCAGCUAUUUAAAAUAUCUAUUGUAAAGUCGUAAUGUUGUUUUUCUUCUUCUUCUCUUUAAUUUUUUCAUUUCUUUCGUUUCUUUACUUUCUUAUCCCUGUCGUCUGAUGGCGGUGUUGUGUUUGUCGUCGAAUUUUUCGAAUUAAAAUAGACGACGAUGAUGAUUGAAACGAAAAUUUAGGGGGUUGGGGAAAAAAGGAGGAGAGAAUAAGAAUGAGAUUAGAAGAGGAAGAGAAACGAUGAGAGAAAGAGAGGGGGGGGAGAGAGAGAUAUAAAUAAUAUGACGUAAAAGCGAAAAUAUUUAAUCGUUUCUUUCGUUUUUCUUUUAACUUCUACCCUUUCUUCUUCAAAUAACGAAACAAUGAGAGGAAGUGAAGAGAUAAAGAAAAGAUGGAUACAACCUGAAACUCUAACUGAAACGAUUGAGAAUGAAGAAGGAGAAAGAGGGAGAGAAAGAAAGAAUGAAAAUGAAAUAGAAAAUAGAAAAAGAAGAGAUAAGGAUGGGGGGGGGUGAUUAUUAAACUUUGGCCUUUUUAUACAUCUACAUUAUAUCAUUAUUAUUAUUAUUAUUAUAUAUUAUAUAUUAUAUUAUAUUAUAUAUUACAUUAGGUAUAUUUAUUAUGCAUAUACAUAUAUAUCGAAUAUAUUAUAAUUAACCGCCAGCGAACGGAAGAACUGAAUGAAGAUAAGAGAUGACGGAGGAGGAGAGACAAAAAAAAAAAAAAAUUCGAAUAACAAAUGAUUAAUCAAAACGAUUACGAUUGACUGCGAGAAAAAUGAAUAAAUAAAUUGAUUAAUUAAUUAAUCAAUUAAUCAAUUAAAUGAAUAAAUGGAACUAUAAUAAUCGACGAAAUGGGGAACAAUAAUUUAAUUUUCGAGUAUCUUAACGUUGUGCGAUUUUUUCUACUUUUUUUUUUUUAAAAAACACUUUUUUUUUCCUAUUUCUACUCCAGUUGACACGAUGAUAAAUAACGUCGGACUUUUCGAAUGAUCACGAGACAAUAACUCAACGGAAUGAAUGUCGAAUCGUUCAAAUUUAAUUUUUUUUUUUUUUUUUUGGGUUCUUUCUUUAUUUGUUUUGUUUUAUACGUAUUAGAAUAAGUUUUUUAAAUUAUUAUUAUUAUUACUAUUAUUAUUUUUAUCUUUUUUUUGUAUAUAUAUCAUAUAAUAUAUUUAUGAAAUAGGCGGAUGGAACGAGUGAAAUCGGGUCGAGUGUUUUCCUUUUAUUUAUUAUUAUUAUUAUUAUUUUGUUUUUUGAAUAUCUCAGACAGUUUUUCUGAUUUUCGAAUUUUUAAUUCUUUGAAAAAUGUGGGAGAGAAAGAGAAGAAUGAAAAAGAAACACGCACACACGGCGGUUCUUCGAUUCUUUCUUUCUUUUUGAAGAAAAAAAAAAAGCAUGAUUAAAUUUCAAAAAAUUGCAAAUAUCGUCAGUUUCGAUAUCGGUUUCAAUUCGUCUUUGUUUCUUCUCACUUUCACUUGAUCCGCCGUCUCCGUUCGGUGAGUUUUUGUAUACUUUUUUUUUUUUUUUUUCGAAAAAGAUGACCUAUAUAUGUUUUCGAAAAUGAAUGAAGUGAACAAUGAAUAAAUGAAGAGAAAAAAAUGAAUAAUAAAGAAUAUAAAAAUGAUGGUGAUUUUUUAAAAAAAAAACCUCGUAGCAGGUAAAAAACCGUUGCAAUAAUAAUUCCAAACAUUCUAUAGUCUUACGUUACGAUAAUAUUUAAAAUAAAAAUAGAGAGAGACACAGAAAAAAAUAAAUAAAUAAAGGAAUAAUUAAAAAACUAAACGAUAAUGACGAGAGUCGUGAAAAUUUCUUUUACUUUUUUACUCGUACGAUAUAAUUGCGCAUAGGUAGGUUAUGUAGAGAGUAUAACGAAUAAGAAUAGAACGAGGAAAAAUGAGGAGAUGAAAAUUGCGAAAGUUGAACGAAAAUUGCAUAGCAAAAAAAAAACAAACACAUGAAACGAACGAAAGUUUUUGCUUUCAAUCCGUCUCCGUCAAUCACGUGUACGGUGACUGAUGAAAAAAAAUCAAACCGAGAUCUCGACGAGAAAAUUGGGGGAAUGAAAAUAAAAAAAUAAAAAAAUAA